AGUUCCUGAACUGUUGCAGCGCUCCGUGCUGCCGCUCACUCUCUCUUGAAUCUUGGUUAUUCAGAGGCACCAAAGAGACAACAAAAAAUCUUGGACUGGACUCGCAACUCGGAAGCAUUUACAGAAGGAGAGAAGGCAAAAAUUAAAAAGAGCGACAGGGAUCAGAGGAGUGCAACGUUUUGCACACAGUGAGCAUCCAGCUGCCAUGGGGAAAACAUGAGCAACUGCAGGAAUAUGAGGAGUAAUGCUGCUGAGUGAACUUUGUGGAUAUCACUGAAUUCAUUCCCUUAAACUUUGGGAGGGAGUUGACUGUAAAGACAGAAAAGGUGGGACUCUGGAAACAGGAACUCUCUGAGAAGCAUGGCGGCCACCAGCCCUUCCUCCUGCCACCCUUUUCUCUUCUUCUUCCUUUCCUUCCUGGUCAGCCGACCAGUGCUCACCCAGGACACUUCCUUCUCCACGGCGACAGUAACCGAGGGGGACCCUGCUUUGACCCCUACCAAGCUGUCUAACCAGACAGCGCUUAGCUUUGAGGACGUAACCCAAGGCACUCCUCCAGAGACGGGGCUCUCCACCCCCACCAGCGGUGGCGACGCCGAUGACGAGGACGUCCCACCGAUUGGAGGGACCCGUUGCCAGGGUUACUAUGACGUAAUGGGCCAGUGGGACCCACCGUUUAACUGCAAUGCUGGGGUCUUCCUGUACUGCUGUGGCACCUGCUUUUAUCGCUUCUGCUGCCAGUUCCGUCAGCAGAGGCUGGACCAGACCAUCUGCUCCAACUAUGACACGCCCAUCUGGGCCAACACCGGGAAGCCUGUGGCCACCAUCACUGAAGGCCAGGGGGAUUCAGACCGCGACCGGACGCACCUCAUCGUUUACAUCAUUUGCGGCGUUGUCGCCGUCAUGGUGUUGGUGGGCAUCUUCACCAAACUGGCUCUGGAGAAGACCCGAGGAGGAAGUGGAGGAGGGGCAGGGAUACCUCAGACUGACCUCAACUCCAGGACGCUGACGGACCUGCUGAAGCAGCAGGGCAGCGAGGCAAACUCGCUCGAGAACGCUGCAUCUGGAUCGCCCAGCGGAGGGAGAGCCAACGGCGUCUCAGCCAGGAUGCCACGCAGCAGGAGUGAACAGUACCAGCUGAAUAACGCAGCCUAUGGUGCAUUUGGACAGGGCCUUCCGCAGCCGCAUAAUAACCACAGCACACUGGGACUCAACAAGUACGCCUCCCUCAAAGCUGUGGCAGAAACCGCUUCCCGUAGCUACUAUAAGAGCUUUCCUGUCAUGGACUUCUCCAGUUACCAACCCGUAGCGCCUCCUGCCUUCCAGCCCUCGCAGCCUAAGGAGAAGUCCUACAUCCACCAGCCUCUGCCAGGGCACCGCGACCUCCACACCCCUCUGUCCAUCUCCAUCCCGUCCAACCACCUGGAGCACUCGCGCCUCCCCAAGACCACCACGCACCCGUUCAUCUCCAAUUCGGCCUUCAAAGCCUGGGAGCCGGCCGCCCGCCACGUCCACAGACAGACCUCCGCUCCAGCGCACACCUCCUCCUCUCUGCACAGCUCCACCCGGAGACACGGCUACUCAACACGGCGGCAGCAGAGCAUAGAGAACCUGCAAGAAGUUGUCAACCAGUCCUACGGAGCCAAAAGAUUCAAGAGAAGAUUUGCAGAACAGAUUGGCAGAUGUAAACUACGAAAGCUGCUUCAACAAGACGAAUUGAAGGGCGUCCAAUCAGAGCUGAAAGCCGGCCAGAUGGCGGAGUGGAACGCUUUCUACCAGAAUGAGGACGAGGAGCAAGAACAAGAGGAAGCGGAGCAGUCUGGAGGAGAUUACAAAGUGUCAGGCAGAGACAGCCUGGUCUUCUUGGUCGACGCCUCUAAGGAAAUGUUCAUCAAAGGCGAAGAUGGACAACCCUCUAACUUUGACAUGACCAUGCAGGUCGUGCGGAGCGUGUACACCAGUAAGAUCAUUAGCAGCCACCGGGACCUGGUGGCUCUGGUGUUCUACGGCACAGAGCAGAGCAAGAACCAGAGGAACUCAUUCAAACACGUUUACGUGUACCACGAUCUCGACGAACCAGGUGCGAAGUGGGUUCAGGACGUGGAUGCUCUGCACGGUGAGAAAGGCGCGCAGCUGGCGGCGGAGACCCUGGGGAGCGGGGAGACGUCUCUGGGCGACGCCCUGUGGUGCUGCGCCAACCUCUACAGCGACAUCAAGCUGCGCCUUUCGCAGAAACGCCUCAUGAUCUUCACCUGCAGGGACGAUCCACACGGGGGCGACAGCGCCAGGGACCGACAGGCCCGCACCAAAGCCAGCGACCUGAAGGAGACCGGUGUUCUCAUCGAUUUAAUGCACCUGAUAAAACCGGGCGGCUUCGACGUGUCGCUCUUCUUCCGGGACAUCGUGAGCCCGCCUGAGGACGACAGCGAGCUCGGCCUGCAGCUGGAGCCAUGCAACAAACUGGAGGACCUUCAGAAGCGGGUCCGGGCCAGAGAGACCAAAAAGAGAGCCUUGGCAAGGUUAAGCUUGACUCUUGGUGAGGGUCUAAACGUAGCAGUGGGCGUGUACGCAACUGCGGUGUUGGCUCGGAAACCCGCCUCCGUCAGACUGUACCGGGAAACCAACGAACCGGUGCGCAGCAAAACCCGCACCUUCCACACUCAGACCGGCAGUCUGCUGCUGCCCAGCGAGAUAAAGAAGGCCCAGGUGUACGGUAGGAAACAAAUAGUGAUGGAGAAGGAUGAAGUGGAUGCGAUCAAGAAGUUUCACGACCCGGGACUGUUUCUGAUCGGAUUUAAGCCGAUGGAAAAACUCAAACUGCAUCAUCACAUUCGACCUUCUGUCUUCAUCUACCCUGAGGAGGGCGAAGUGAAAGGAAGUGCCUGUCUGUUCUCUGCCCUGUUGAAGAAGUGUGUCGAGAGAAACGUGUUUGCUCUGUGUCGCUCCGUCUUCCGCCGAAACUACCCACCCAGAUUUGUUGCCUUGGUGCCUCAGACAGAAGAGGUCGACGAAGGGAAGGUCCAGAUCACACCUCCAGGUUUCAAUGUCAUCUACCUGCCAUAUGCCGAUGACCUGCGAACUCUGGAUCCUCCUAAAUGUCCGCCGGCCUCACAAACACAGGUUAACAAGAUGAAGGAGAUCGUCCAGAAGCUCCGCUUCAAGUACAGGAGUGAUGCAUUCGAGAACCCAGUCCUGCAGCAGCACUUCAGGAACCUGGAGGCUCUGGCUCUAGACAUGAUGGCUCCAGAGGACAUUGAGGAUCUCAUCAUGCCUAAAGUGGACCAGAUUGACCAGCGGCUCGGCCCUCUAGUGGACGAGUUUAAGGAUCUGGUCUACCCUGCUGGGUACAACCCAGAGAGCAAACCGGCUCCCAAACGGAAAACGGCCGACGUCGGAGCCGGGGCCGGGGCCGAGAAGAAGCCCAAAGUGGGGGUGACGGCGGACGAGCUGAAGGCCCACAUGGAGAACGGCACUCUGGGAAAGCUGACCGUGGCAGUGCUGAAGGAGGCCUGCAAGCAGUUUGGGAUCAAAACCACCGGGACCAAGAAGCAGGAUCUGAUAGACGCUCUGAGCGAGCGACUGGGUUCAUGAGGGCAGUUUCAAACGCUUUCAGACGCUUUCAGAUGUUCAGGGAGAUUUUUUUUUAUGCGUCGGAUUAGAAAAAUAGUGAAAGUUAAGUGGAAGAAUAAGCUGAACGUCUUCACUUGUAUUGUGAAAAUCCCAGAUUUUCUUUUCCAGGUGGAACCACUGGCACACGCCUGUAAUUAAACAGACAACAAGUGAUGAUUAUUGAUAAUGUGUUGCAUUAAAACGUUUCUUUAUAAAAGCGA